AUGGUAGAUGUCUGGUGGGGAAUUAUAGAGGCCAAAGGUCCCAAACAGUAUGAUUGGUCUUCCUACAAGAAAUUGUUCCAACUCGUUCAAAAAUGUGGAUUGAAAAUACAGGCUAUAAUGUCAUUCCACCAGUGUGGUGGCAAUGUAGGAGAUGCUGUGUACAUCCCUAUCCCAGAUUGGGUACUUGCUGUUGGAGAAAAAGAUCCCGAUAUUUUCUACACUAACCGAUCGGGUACUAGGAACAAAGAGUACCUCUCACUUGGUGUGGAUAACUUGCCUUUCUUUGGAGGUCGAACUGCUGUACAGAUGUACAGUGAUUACAUGAAGAGCUUUAGAGAAAACAUGUCAGAUAUUUUGGAAGCUGGAACCAUUGUAGACAUUGAGGUAGGACUAGGCCCUGCAGGAGAGCUCAGAUAUCCAUCAUAUCCUGAGACUCAAGGAUGGAAGUUCCCUGGCAUUGGAGAAUUUCAGUGCUAUGAUAAGUAUUUGAGACAACAUUUCAAGGAGGCUGCGACCAAGGCAGGGCACCCAGAAUGGAACCUCCCAGAUGAUGCAGGAACAUAUAAUGACACCCCUGAGAAAACAGGAUUUUUCGGAUCAAAUGGGACUUACCAGACAGAAAAGGGGAAGUUUUUCUUAACAUGGUACUCUAACAAGCUACUAGACCAUGGGGAUCAGAUAGUAGAGGAAGCCAACAAAGUCUUCUUGGGAUGCAAAGUCAAGCUCGCUGCUAAGGUUUCUGGAAUCCACUGGUGGUACAAGGAUGAAAGUCAUGCUUGUGAGCUGACAUCAGGUUACUAUAACCUAACUGGCAGGGAUGGAUACCGGCCAAUAGCAAGGAUGUUGUCCAGACAUUAUGGAACCUUAAAUUUCACAUGUCUUGAAAUGAGAGACACCGAACAACCGGCGGAAGCUAAAAGUGCACCUCAAGAACUUGUUCAGCAGGUUGAACUGUCAAAUUUUCCCUCAAAUUCUUGA